AUGGGUCAGGGGCUGAGUUGCAGAGGGAGCCAUGAGCAUGGCCUAUUCCGUGCUGUGCAGCAUGGGGACCUAGACACUGUCGCAGCUUUGUUACACACACACCCUUCUCUCAUGAACCACACCACUGUCUAUGAUCACCACUCCCCUCUUCAUAUUGCCGCUGCUAAUGGCCAGAUCCAGGUUUUAUCUUUGCUUUUGGAUGGAUCUGUGAAUCCAGAUGCGUUGAAUCGCCAAAAGCAGACACCGCUUAUGUUGGCUGCAAUGCACGGGAAGAUCGCCUGUGUGGAAAAGCUCCUUGAAGCUGGUGCUAAUGUAUUAAUGUUUGAUGCGUGUUAUGGAAGGACCUGUUUGCACUAUGCAGCUUACUAUGGCCAUUCUUCUUGCCUCAAGGCAAUUCUCUCUGCUGCUCAAUCUAGUCCUGUGGCUGCAUCUUGGGGGUUUUCUCGGUUUGUGAAUAUUAGAGAUGGAAGGGGUGCAACACCAUUGCACUUGGCAGCCCGUCAAAGACGGCCUGGAUGUGUGCAUAUUCUAUUGUACAGUGGAGCUCUUGUUUCUGCUUCAACAGGAAGAUAUGGCUGUCCUGGGAGCACUCCUCUUCAUCUUGCAGCCAAAGGAGGAUCCUUGGAUUGCAUUAGGGAACUGUUGGCAUGGGGUGCAGAUCGCCUUCAACGUGAUGCCUCUGGGCGGAUACCUUAUGUAGUUGCUCUGAAACAUAGGCACAACGCAUGUGCAGCAUUGCUGAAUCUUUCUUCUGCUGAGCCUCUUGUGUGGCCAUCAUCUUUGAAGGUGAUCAGUGAGCUUAAUCCAGAAGCCAAAGAAUUAUUAGAGCGGGCCCUGAUGGACGCAAACAGGGAAAGGGAGAAAAACAUAUUGAAAGGGAGUGAUUACAGUGUCCCAUCUCCAGCACACUGUGAUGGGAUAGAUGACAAUAUUUCUGAGGUUAGUGAGACAGAAUUAUGUUGCAUCUGCUUUGAGCAAGUAUGCACAAUUGAGGUGCAAGACUGUGGUCACCAGAUGUGUGCACAAUGCACACUAGCCCUGUGUUGUCACAACAAGCUUAACCCUUCUACUUCUCGUAUUAUCCCACCAGUUUGUCCAUUCUGCAGAAGCAGCAUAGCAAGAUUGGUGGUUGUGAAAAAAGAAAUCCCUCAUGACAUUGAUCAAGAUGGUGUUGACAUCACUUCUUCCAAGCCUAGCAAGUCAAGGAAAACGCGAAACAUGAACGAGGGUGGCAGCAGCAGCAUCAAGGGCUUAUCAAGUGUAAACUCAUUUGGAAAGAUGGGUGGCCGCAGCUCCGGAAAAAUUGCUGCUGAAAAUGAGUGGGAAGAUGAUAAACAGCAGUGA